GGAAGUUGCGCGCGCGCACAUUAUUUUCGAUUAAUCCGCGCGUUGUCUACGCGCCUCUCAGUUUUCACUGCAACUCAAGUGUUGCGGACGUUACUGUUUCCACAUUUUAUACUAAAACUGUGCUUUAGUGACACUUGUGCAGGAGUAAUAAAAAGCCGUGGAAAUGGAGGCGCUAAAUAGGCUAGUGGCGGGAUAUCACGAUUUAAUGGACAACAAAAGUGAUCAAAGGGUCAAAGAUUGGUUCCUGAUGUCUUCUCCGUUUCCUACGUUGGCAAUAUGUCUCACAUAUGUCUUCAUAGUUAAAGUAUUGGGACCAAAACUCAUGGAAAACAGAAAGCCUUUCGAGCUGAAAAAUGUCCUUAUAUGGUACAAUUUAUUUCAAGUCAUAUUCAGUUGUUGGCUUUUUAAUGAGAGCAUAGCUAGCGGGUGGUUCACCACAUAUAGUUUUCGGUGUCAGCCUGUUGACUAUUCAAGGUCUCCACUAGUGAUGAGGACAGUACGUGGAUGUUGGUGGUACUACUUCUCCAAGUUUACAGAGUUCUUCGACACGAUAUUCUUCGUGAUGCGCAAGAAGUUUGAUCACGUGUCAAAGCUCCAUGUAAUCCACCACGGCAUCAUGCCCAUGUCUGUCUGGUUCGGAGUGAAGUUCACACCAGGCGGCCACUCUACCUUCUUCGGUAUGCUGAAUACAUUUGUACACAUUAUUAUGUACACUUACUAUUUGCUGGCGGCGUUGGGACCUCAAAUUCAAAAAUACCUGUGGUGGAAGAAAUACCUUACCGCCUUGCAGAUGGUGCAAUUUGUUCUUGUGUUUAUUCACGCGUUCCAACUACUAUUCAUUGACUGCGAUUAUCCGAAGGCGUUCGUUUGGUGGAUAGGAAUGCAUGCUGUGCUCUUCUAUUAUCUCUUCUCCGAUUUUUACAAGCAGGCAUACUUAAAGAAAGUCAAAAACUCCAAAACGAAGGUGAAGGUGGAAGCUGAUGCAGCUAAAUCGGAAAUUAAAGAGAGGAAAUCUUCGUUGCUGAACGGUUUUAGUAACGGUUCCACGCUCAGUGACGUCCGACAGAGGGUGGCCGGUGCUGUUGCCUCACAGUGAACACAGUAGUUAUAUUUAUGAGAAUACUGACAGGACAAUAUACUUAAAUUAUUCCAGAACUGUAUUGUGAACACUUAUUGGUUUCAACUGGACUAAAGAUGAAACUGGCUCAAGAUCCCAACAAGAUGAUAAUAGGUAUUUUUAUUGCCAUGUUCAUGUUUCUUCGACCUAAGAGAUUUUAUGACAGUAUUUUAUUAUUGGAGGGCCGAUAGAAAUGAAGAUAGAAGUCUUAGGUUACUCGGGUUUAUAAGUGUGGUUAUUCUUUAUUGUGAAUUAAAACAUGUCCAAAUUAUUUUUUUCUGUGUUGUGAUAUGAUAUAUGAUGGUAUGUGAUAAUAUGUUUGCCACUAAUCUCCUCCUUCAACCAGUACCUACCCAAUGUGAAUAAUAGAGUUUUUAAUUUAAGCGAAUUUGAUUUCAACAAUAUCUUGCUGGUUGUAGGCCCGAUACAUAAGGUCAUCGUGUCUUCUGUAGUAAUUUUAAUAUCAUAUUAACAUAUAUAUAACAUUUUCGUAUGUAAAUAGUCUACCGAAUUUAACUUAAAUUUUUUCUUGAGUGGGCAAGAAAUUCUACUCGCUACCUACCUUUCAGAUUUUUAUGUUCGACGGAGGAAUGCUCAAUUAAGUUAAGUAGAAGUUCAUUAAGUUUAGUAUGUACUUAUAAUUUAUUGAAAUUGUCAAAUUUAUUAUAUGUGCAUUCUAAUGGCCUGAUAAAGUUGUAGGCCGUAUAUAUUAAUUGUGAUUAUAAUUAUUGACUUAGGGAGCAUCGAGCCAUUUAAACAAGACGUAAUAAUACGUAAUAUACAUACUUAUACAAAAUCCUUCGUGAAUCAAAAAUAUGCCAUAUUUUAAAAUGUACAGUAUAAUAAUACACUUCCGUCCAAGUGCUUAUUAAAUAUUUACUACACGUUUAAAAAAAUUUUGUUAAACACACGAAUACUGUACGUAAAUGUUCAAUAAUAUUUAAUCUUUAUAGUACCAGCUGUACAUGCGAUCAGAUAAUAUGGAUAUAAAAUUUGUUAUUAUAAUUUGAACUUGUUUAUUAUAUAUAUUAUAUUGAAAUAUUUAUUUGUUUUGAUGAUAUUUUUUUUUAUUCUCUGUUAAAGUAUCUUGCUCCAUAUUUCUAAAAGAAAUUAUAUUUACUUUCAUGACAUUAGAUAUUAUUAAAAUUAUUGAUAUUCUGUUUCUUUUAUAAUUUAUUUGUUGUUUAAAGACUAGAUAGAAAAUUUUACAAAAAAUACUUUGUAUAUCUAUUACUAUUACACGAACACAUUUAUAUACGAGCAUACACAAGGCAACUACAGAGAUUUUGAUAUACUGUGUAUAAUAAUAAUUUUUGCACUGUAAUAUAAUAUAUUGUAAUAACCCAGCGUUUGAUGAGAAUUCUAGGUGCAUACAAUGCUUAUGUUUAUAAAUGGCCGAUAUUGUCCCAAGAAACUACUUUAGAAAAUAACGGUCACGGUCGGAAACGUGUAUACGUGUGGGUUCAGAAAAAUGACUCCUAACAGAUACAUGAUGACACCUACAAGUAAAUAAAUUAGCGCAAUACAAAACGACACCUCGUGCCUUCUUACGUAAUACUGUGGGAAACAGAGUGACUAUCGACGGGAUGGUCACUUUUGACUACAUAGUGAAAUGAAUCGCUUACCGGCGGCGGUUUUCAGCGUUCGUGCUAGUGUUAAUAUAUUGAAUGAAACACAUGCCAAGCGGAAUUUUGUGUUAUUCGUAAAAUGUUUGAUUUUAUUAUAAAUUGAAAUAAUUUUAAUCGGCAUAGGGUAGGGUUGCCAUGACCCAGCUUAUAAAUUUAUUUUGAAACUAAUAGUUGAUAUAAAAUAUAAAUAUGUGGAUUUUUUUAUGCGCAUAUGAGGCGAGUAUAUGCUGGUGCUUGCCACAUUGUGUAUAUUAUUGUAUUUGUAAAUAUAGUAUGGUACAUAUUGAUAAAAGUACAACAGAAUUUACUUGUGAUACUUUUUACAAUAAAAAUUAUAGAAAAAU